AUGGCAAUCCCCGCACUGCGACGCUUCGACAAUAUCAUGAUGAUGCAGGACAUGACCGCCGCCGCCGCUUUGUACAAGACCGUAGACAGUGACUUUGAGCUCGAUAAAGCGAAGAAAAGGUAUGGAAAUCUGUGCGAAGUCAGGGACGGUGGUUCGAACAGCGAAGUGUUGGUAGUUAUGUUGGAGAGAUCUCCUGGUUCCGGUCUAGGUCUUAGUUUGUCCGGUCAUAAGGACCGAACAAAAAUGGCGGUCAUGGUUUGCGGAUUGAAUCCCAACGGUCCGGCCGCGAAGUCCGGAUGUUUACGGGUCGGCGACGAAAUUUUAGAGGUUAAUGGGGUAGUUUUACACGGAAGAUGUCACCUAAACGCCUCAGCCAUAAUCAAAGGUAUACCGGGACCAAUAUACAAAAUAAUUGUGCUAAGGAAACCUACGGCCCUGGACGAAUUAGCGGUGCGACCGAUCACUCAGUUUCCUAUUACACUAGAUGACGAGACACCAGAGGAGAAGUAUGCCAAUUACAAAGGCCUACGGAUCGUUACUAUGAAGAAAAGUCCUCAUGGUUUGGGCAUAAUGAUUUUAGAGGGGAAACACGCGGAACUCGGGACGGGCAUAUUCAUAUCCGACAUACAAGAAGGAAGCCCAGCUGAACAGGCUGGUCUGACGGUAGGCGAUCUGAUUUUGGCUGUGAAUAAAGACACACUUCUGGGGAGUACGUACGACGCAGCGUCAUCGCUGCUGAAGAAGACUGAGGGUGUCGUAACGUUAGUGGUAUGCAACCCGCGUAAAGAAGAGGGAGUGACGGUUGCGGACCAGAAGACUGCCGAUAAACCUAAACAACCGGAAAAACCGAAAUCUCAAUCACCCGUUUGUUUGGACCAUUCAGUCGAACCGCCACCAGAUCCUGCGACCGCCCCGAUAAAACCAGGUUUCGAAUCGACGAUCGAAAUCAACAAGGACAAAGUCGGCUUGGGUCUCAGCAUAGUAGGCGGAUCUGAUACAUUACUGGACGUAGUCAUCAUUCACGAGGUAUAUCCAGACGGAGCCGCAGCCAAAGACGGCAGACUCAGGCCCGGGGAUCAGUUGGUGGAGGUGAACGGGGAAGACUUUAGGAGCAUAACGCAUAUCAAAGCGUUGGGCGUCUUACGGCAAACGCCGGCAAAGGUGACCAUGGUCGUGUUGAGAGACGAGUCGUGCGUUCCAGACGAAAAUGGUCGUGUUUCCGCUGACACGACGAAUAUCAUGGACGCGUUCGAUGUGGAAUUGACAAAAAAACCCAGCAAAGGUCUAGGGUUGAGCAUAGUGGGCCGGAAAUCCGGUUCGGGAAUAUUUAUAUCGGACAUUGUGGCCGGAGGUGCGGCCAGCGUUGACGGCCGUCUGAUGAAAGGCGAUCAGAUCUUGGCGGUCAACGGCCAAGACUUGCGGAACGCAUCUCAAGAAGAAGCCGCUGCCGUACUGAAGACGGCGACGGGCCGAGUCACUUUGAAAAUGGGUCGUCUCAAAGCUCGCUCGUCCACGUCUAGUUCGGACAACGACUCGGCGGCGUCAAUGGCAGAAACGCGCACCGUGACGAUGGUACGUAGGAUGGACGGGUUCGGGUUCAGCAUCGUCGGCGGUCACGAUCACCUGCCGAUUUACGUCAAGACGGUGUUCCCCGAUAGCGCGGCCGACUCGAGCGGGCUGUGCCGCGGCGACAGGAUUUUGGCCGUCGGCGGCGUGCCGGUGGACGGCAUGGAACACGAUCAGGUGGUCGCCUUGCUCAACGAAGCGGUCGCGUCCGUCACUCUCACCCUACAGUCAUAG